UUCAUAGUUGUGGUGGCAGUUGUCGUUUUUAUCAGUUGUAUUAUAAUUAUUAACGCCUACCCAACUUUGUGCAUGGGCCACCGACGUGUCUGAUUGGUCAAUCAAAUAAACAGGACCGCGCACGUAGGUUACGUGUGGCACGCGGGUGCGCCUCGGACAGCGGCGUUUUCAAAUUGUUUGUUGCACCGUCCAUCACUGCCUGGCUUGAACAGUUAGCAGUUUUCGCUAAAACUGUCACAGUCGCCCAUAGCGUCGUGUCACCCAAAUUUAGAACGCUUUCCAAAUACACAGCCCUGAACGGUGAUGAACAAAACGAGCUACAAUGGAAGAGGAGGCGCCAAUCAACUUCAAAGCUCUGAGGGCCAAGUUUCAGGAAGAGGCCCUUCUGGCUCAAUCCAAAUCCAGACGACCAACUGUUGCAGAGAAACCCAAACACCUCCCACCUCCUGGAGGUCACUGCAGCUCUGUGGUUAGUAGUGUUAGUAUUGCUGUAGAAAACAAGACACCAGUGGUUCCCCGGGUCAUCUUCAGAGAUGGGCUGCGGGCAUCUGGGGGCAAGCGACCCAUUUCCUUCCCACCACAACUUCAACAGACUUCCCCCUCAUCUAAGGUUGCCAACGGAGACACCACAACAAGGCAGUCCCUCAAAGAGCGACACAUGCCUCUGGUGCUUCCUGUCCUGCCAGUAAAAGAGCAGAUGACAGAACUGCCAGUCAGAAAGGAGCACAAACUGGAACCAGAGCCAGGAAAAGAAGUCCAGCCACAAACUAAAAUCAAGAAGAAGGGUUUGCUGCUUCCUUUCAAGUCAGCCAAAGCAUCAAAAGUCAGAGCAGAAAAUGGAGAGGAGCCCACUUAUGCUGAUUUGACCACGAGACCUUCUAGUGCUCCCGGCGAGUUGCCCUCAGUGGAAAAACAAACCACAGAAGAUGGGGUUUCACUCCAAAGUGACCAGUCGACUGCUGAGUGCCCCCUCUCAAGCCCAGAUAUACCAAUCACCCCUCCUUCUACAGAGACAAGUGUUGACUCUGACAGCAGGAUCAUUAGCACCUUGGAGAGGGCCAAGAAGAAAUUCUCGUGUCGGCAGAUGUUGAUAUCCACAAAAACCAAGAGCUUGCGUUCCCCUGACCACACCUCAAAAGACAAGGUGUUCCCUUCGCCACCAAAGAGCACUGAACAUGUUGAGCCUGACCUCCCCAUACCCCCACCAGUCUGCCUUCCACACCUGGCUUGUAUUUCAGCCAGGCCCUUCUUCAAAGCUAACAACUCUGCACGUAAGUCUGCAUUGCCUAAGCAGUUUGUCAGAGAUCAAGCUGAACUUCCCCCUGGGAGGACUGGUGAACCUCAUUCACCCCCUGUUCCUCUGAAGAAACCUUUAACUGACCUGAAGUCAUUGGGGCCACUGCCAGCAAAACCCCCCAGACCUCCAUCAGUAGAUCUCAGCCGUUACCAUUUACCCACAGUCCACGAGGUGUCACCAGGUCUUAGCCAAGCACCGACUGAAGAGCCAGAGUCUGAGCAUCCGUCCAUCUCUAACCCCAUGCUGGAUGCUCCAGAGUUUCCAGAGUUUGAGAAUCCAGAGAUGGAAACAGCAGAGGGAGAGGCUGUUGAUAUUGCUGUGCUAGAAUUGGAGGCCUUAGACUUUGUCAGCACUGACCUUCCUGCACCAGUUGACUUUGGGAUCACAGAUUUUGAGGUUUCCCAACCUGAAUUUUCAUCAUGUGAUCCUGCAGAGUCCAGUGUGAGCUCUGUCAUCCAAGAUCUGAACCUUGGCAGUCAAAACAUAAUACCCCUCGAUCCAGCCAGCUUUCCUGAACCAAUAAACCUUUCAGAGUUCACAGAGCCCGCUGCACCAGAGCAAUGGUCUCAGAGUGAGGAGGCCAUUGUAGGGUCUCUUUCUAACUCUCAAGCCAAUGAGACUGAUCUCAGAGCUGCCGAGUGCCUCUCUGUCCCAGAGGAAACAGAGCUUAGUAACCGUGCAGAACUGAUUGAUGACAUUCAGCCACAUCAGAGUGUCUAUCAACAGGACAGUUACUAUGAAACGUGUGAUAAUGUUUACGAGGAUGUUGAAAACAUCAACAAAUUCAUCUUGGGCCAGAACUCUCGUAAACGUAAAGCUGGUCUAAAGAAUCCAUAUGCUGAGAACCACCCCAUGAAGGAGGAGGCGUGUCUUAACAUGUGGCCACGGAAUCCAUGGGGCAGUGUAUCGGGAGAACAUGCUCAUUUGGUCCAUAAUCAUGUCCACAGCAAGGAACGCCAAAGCCCCAACACUGCUGACUAUAAAGAGCAGAAGAAGAGGGAGAAGCAGCGACUGGAGAAGGAGAAAAAGGAGCAAAAAGAAAGGGAGAAGAAGGAAAAUGAAAUGAAAAAGAAGUUCAAGGUGACUGGUGAUGAGGAGCCCAUGUACCACGCCAAGGUGAUGGUGGCCAGUAAAGUCCGCAAGAAUGACCUGCCUGUGAAGACAGGGGACACAGUCAGCAUCAUUCGCACCACCAACUGCCCCAAAGGCAAAUGGUUGGCCCGAGAUGCCAACCACAAAUAUGGUUAUAUUUCAGUCAUGAAUGUGGAGCUAAAUAUUAAGGAGAUGCUGGAACUUGGUAAGAAGGCCCAAGCAGCAGGACGAGGGGGCAACCUGGACGGAGAUACCAUCAGCAUUGGGAGCAGAUCCUCCAACCACCCUAUACUAACAAGCAGCUUCACAGAUGACAGUGAGGAGUGGGCCUGUGAAGAUGAGACUCUCUCACCCUCCAAUGAAAGCCAUAGUUUUCCUCAGCAGACUUCCUGCGUGUCUGAGAUGUCCUGCAGCCAUGUCAGCGCCCAACACACACUGAGUGAUGCCAACUUGGAGGACCUACACACACAGACCAGACAUGAAGCCCUGCAGAAACUAGCCAUCUUCUUUCAACACAGCAAAGAUGAAUUUGUUGAUGUUGCUGAUGGUGAAGGAGCAACACCCAAAAAUGCUGAACCACCAAACUUUUUAUGUGCUGUUGAAGAGCCUCCAUAUCCUGAACAGGAGGCUGACUUCACAGAACUGGAGCUCCUUCCUCCCCCACCAUUAUAUGCUGACACCUUCUGAUCACCACAUCAACUAAAGCUGGAAACCGUUUACUUUGGGGAUUUGAUACCAUGAGGAAGACUUGCCAUCGAGACUUGUUUGCCAUAUAGGUGAAAAUGUUUUUCUGACCCUCUACAGUAGAGGAGAGAAAACACCAUCAUAGAUGGAGACUGGAGCUGCUGAUGUGACUGUAUUAUAAUUCAGAUUUCACUUGUUUUGUUUGUGUUGUUUUGCAUGUUGGUGCAUUUCCACUUUGUGUUCUGAUCUUUUUCUUCUCUCUGAAGUUGCAGUUAAAAAGAGCAAAUGGUGCACAAAUUGAAUCAUUGCACUUUUUCCAAAGAGCAAUGACAUAAAGUAGCCAGCUGUUCACUUGUAGUAGCUUAUGGUUGUUUUUGAAUAUGUUCUUUGCAUUUUGAUUUUCUUUGGUUUGUAUAUUACAUCUAAUAAAUAUUUGUCCUUGA